UUGUGUAACGCACAGAAAAUUGGUGCUAACAAGACAUGGCAGGAAAUCCGCAACAUCACGUGGAUAGCCGAGUGCAUUGCGCAGAACCAGAAGGAGAGGAUCGGAAACUACAUCAGUGUCUUCUGAUCUUUUUGUUUUCGCUCGCGCUGGGCUGUUGCAUUGUGUGUUUAUAAGUAGAAUGGCACAGAGGGUGUAGGCGCAUUGGAGUGGAGCGGGGCCGUCCGUUGUGCAGUAAGAACCUCUUUAAUGUUAUCGCCGCAAGAAGCUCAGCGUUUCUGUACUUGCGGAGGCAAACGAAUUACGACUCUCAGACACCAAAUUCCACUCCGAUGCGCCUGCGCCUGCGCCUGCGCCCUAUAUGUGCGUGCUUUAGGCGUCAAAAAUCUGGUUUGGAGCGCGCGCUUGCUGCUGCAGUAUGACGGGAGCACGUCUUGUGCCUGUCUUGCUGCGUGUAGGCGGGUUCUGAGUGUGGGACGGGUGUGGAGUACGGAGUUCGGCACCGGAGUGGGCGAGUAUGCUCGACUUGCAUACCUACAGCAGAACGUCUGGUGGCUUUGUUUCCACAAGACAGCCCGAUGGGACAUUUUUCUUCCCAACAAGCCACCACUGAUUGCUCUCCCCAUCACAUCGGGGCACUGCUGCUGCAAUGGAAAUGGUCUAUUUCAUCAAGUUCAAUACCGCCGCCCACGACGAGAGCCGCUCGCUGGAAGCAAGUAAAAAUGUAUAUAGACAUAUUAUCGAGACCCUAAAAACUCCAGACCACAAUGG